AUGUCAAAACGAAAGGUAUUACUGAUGGGAAAAAGUGGUUCUGGGAAGACUUCAAUGCGUUCCAUCAUAUUUGCAAACUAUAUUGCACGUGAUACGAAUCGUCUUGGGCCAACGAUGGAGGUGGAACAUGCUCAUGUUCGGUUUCUGGGUAAUCUAGUAUUGCAUCUUUGGGAUUGCGGUGGUCAGGAAGCGUUCAUGGAGAAUUACUUGGCUUCGCAGAAAGAUCAAAUCUUCAAGAAUGUGCUGAUAUAUGUAUUCGACGUAGAAAGUCGUGAAUUGGAAAAGGAUUAUCGAUAUUACCAGUCAUGUCUGGAAGCACUGAUUCAAAACUCACCAAAUGCCAAAGUAUUUUGUUUAGUACACAAAAUGGAUUUGGUUUCUGAAGAACACAGGGAUCAGGUGUUCGCAGAGAAGGAACGAGAUAUAAUGUGCAGAUCGAAACUUGCUGCUGAAAAAUUUGGUCAUGAUAAUGCUGUUAGGCAGUGUUAUCGGUCAUCGAUUUGGGACGAGACACUUUACAAGGCUUGGUCGGCAAUUGUUUGUCAUUUAGUACCAAAUGUCGCAUCAAUGGAAGCCAGACUGAAACAGUUUGCUGCAAUCUUGGAUGCUGACGAAGUGUUAUUAUUCGAAAAGGCAACUUUCCUUGUGAUAGCACAGGCACAAAUCGUGCAACAUGAGGAUAUUCAUCGUUUUGAAAAAGUUUCAAACAUCAUUAAACAAUUUAAACUGUCGUGCAGACCGUUUUGGAAAGUAUUGGUAAAUUGUUGGUUCUGCAAUGAGAAUAUUCGCGUUUCCUAUUGUAGUCAAAAAGCAUUUAUUUGUUCUAAAUGUGGACAAUAUAAUGGUUUUAAAGAGGACGGUGAUUAUGAUCGAUUCAUUCCGGAGCAGAGAUAUGAAUUUCUAAAUCCGGCGCCUAAAAAAAAGAUCAAUGAAAGUCGAAAAUCAGUUAUUACCAGUGGUUUGUGUCAAAGAUGCAACAUGCAGCAGGCACGUAUUCAGUCACAAAUCAACAAAUUCGAACCUCGAAAUGAGGCAAAUUUUGAUGGUGAAUUCGAAGUAUAUAAAACACGUUUGUACAAGAACUAUCCACUUUGCAAUGAUUGUGAGAAAGUGGUGCAAAGAAAAUUGGAACUCGAUAAGAAAUUUGGUUUAAAUCAACUGCAAGUCAGUCGCACAGUUUCGGCCUCUACUCCUACCUGUUAUUACAGUCAACCUUCACAGAAAUGCUUCUCUGAGAUUAGUGAAGUACCACGACGCGGCCGCAGGUCCCGACGCUAUCCUGCAACACUGUUCAACUGCGGACCUCUCUCGAACUGUUUAAAUCUGAUCACAUUUUCUUCUUCUUGUUGUCUUUUCGUCGUUUAUUUGCUGCAAGUACAAAACAACACUACUAUUAAUUUUCAGUUGUUCGAUUUGAGUCAGUUGUUACCUUGUUAUGUGCUCUCUUCAUGGAUACCAUUCCUGAUGUUCCAUAUUUCAAAGAUAAUUCUCCUUGGACUCGGUUUGCACAUUACCUCAGUGAUUGUGAUGCAUGCUCGACGAUCCUUGCCCGAUAUCGUCUCAUUUUUUAUUUGGUGUGUAUUGUUAUUCCUAAAAAUUAGUGAAGAUGAGAAGCAAGAAUUGCUUUUUUCGCAGUUAAGCUUCGUGUCUAUACUAUGUAUAGUUUCAUUUGCUGUUGCAUUUUUUCCUCGUAAAUUAUUGCAUCGAAAACGGCCGAACAGUAUCAUACAAAGUGCAUUCUCAAUAGCAAGCACUCCAGUGUCACAGUGUAGUACUCUCUCCGUUCAUACCAAUAAAAGUGUAUCCUUUUCGGAAAGCGUGCGAGAUAGAACUGUCUCAUCCCAAGAAUCAACACCUACAAGAGAAUUGGGGAAACUUUUUAAUUCCUUAUCACUUGGUGAUGAUUUAAGCCAUCUGAAAAGGACAUCAAUCCUGCAGCGACGGCGAGGUCCUUUUGAUUCUAUGAAAAAACCGAUAUUGGCAGAACCUCGUUUGCGAAUUCAUGAUACUCGAGAGAAAAUGUUUUUGGAUAGUGAAAUGCAUAUUCCUUCUUCACGCUACGUGAGAUCAUUUGCUCCGUCAACAAUGACGUCAGUAACUUUGACACCUCAUCCAUCAAAAUUUACAUUAUUUAAUAUCAUUUGUCUAUUUGGGACAUUGUUAAGUUUAGUUCUGAAUGUUUUCAUGUUUUACAAACUGUUUUAUUCUGCGAAAUCAUGA